AUGUCAGUCCCGCAGAUCUUUGUCGAACAAGGUGCGGCUCAUGUUUGUGAAGCAGCGGAAGCCAUACACAUCCGACGACAAGCGGAACAAUGUGCCCAGAUUUAUCCGAAACGCGAAGUUCUGAUCCAGGAACCUCCCACAGGAGGAGUUGCUAUUAGGUCAUUACCUGACUUCGAAGGCAAACUUAAUCGGGUCGUUGGAUGCGGAAAGAAUGCAUUACUGCAGGAGAGCGACUUGAGCGACUUGAAGGCGUUUUAUGCCGCUGUUGGGCUGACACCAGAAAUCCAUCUUAGUCCAUUUGCUCCAGCGUCCACUCUGAAGAUCCUGGCAGACUAUGGCUACGUUGAAAGGGCAGUUCUGAGUACACAUUGGUGUGAUAUAAAAGAAUGGGCAAAUCGGUCCGCCCAAGAGUCUCCCGCCAGUGUAUCGAUACGACAGGCUGAGCCGUAUGAAGCGGAACGGUUCAUGGAAGCAUCCGUUGCGGGAUUUCAGGACAAGCCCCGCGCUCCAGAGGUUCUACAUUUUCUUGCGGAGCUUGCAAUUCGAAGAGGAGAUUUGUUGUACUUUGCGUUAGUGGAUGGUGAAAUUGCAGGAACCGCCGUCAUGGCACGUAUAGAAACGCAGAAUACCUACGUGGCACACUUCUAUCUUGACAGUACGAUUCCCGAAUAUCGAGGGCGAGGCGUGCAUCUUGCGCUCAUUCAAGCCCGAUUGCGGGCCGCGCACCGACUCGGGUUCUCAUCAGCGACCGCGAUCACCAGCGUUGGAGAUGGCAGUGCGCGGAACGCGGAGAGAGCAGGGCUUCGAAUCGCAUACAACAUCCCCGUCUUUGUCAUACCGUAG